GAGGCAGCGCUAUGGGUUCUCUCUCUCAACGGUGGGACUUUCUUGCUUAACAAAUUCGAACCUUCCGUUCCCUCUCAAUCCCAUCAACGAUCACUGGCUGCCAAUCCAAACCGCUCCACCGUUCAAUUCCUGGUUUUCGACUUUCACUCCGACUUGUCUUUCUCAGAUGAACUUGAGCUUCACCUGAUUCUGUCAUUACAGUGAUGGAUCUUGAAGGCAGAAAGUUUGGAAGGGGGCCUAGGGAACUUGGUGGUGCUGUUGACCUCAUAAAUCAGUACAAGCUUUGGCCGCAUCAUGAAUUCUUUUGCAAGAAGUCGCUUCCUUUGUCAAUAUCGCAGACUCACUAUCUACACAAUGUGGUGGGAGACACGGAAAUCAGGAAAGGAGAGGGGAUGGAAUUGGAUCAGCUCUUUCAGAAUGUUUCCUAUAGUAGACAGAGAAAUACACAUAUACAUGCUUUUGAGUUGGAUGUGCUCAGGGAGGCCUUUCAAAUGAGAGAGACAACUCCUGUCUACCUGCCUGCUGCUGAGAAGGGGAUCUCUACUGCAGUGGUGAAGUCAAAUGGUGACUCCAAAGACAAGGAGAGGAAGCAUAAAAAGCAUAAAGACAGAGACAAGAAGAAGGAUAAGGAUCAUAAGAAGCACAAACACCGCCACAAAGACGAAAGUGAUGAUAAGGACAAGAAUAAAAACAAGCGUCAUGAUUCGAAACAGCUAGACAAGAAGAGGAAGCAUGAAGGAAAUGGAGAUCUUCUUGAUACACGUAAACAUCAAAAGAUCCAGAACACUAUGAUAACUGCAACGGGAAAGCUAAAGUUUACGGGCUGAAAACAACUCGCUUGGCUUGGUUGGGAUGUUACUCUUUGUUCUUAACAACCUUCAGAGAAGCGGCGGAUCAUGCUGAGGGAGCAAUUGAACUUUGAGAGAUUCAAUAUUAUUGUUUGAUGCAGUCUUGUUAGCUUUUCUUUUUUGCCUUUUUCAAUGGAUGAACCUAACACUGUACCAGAUAUUUAGAUAUAAUCUAGUUUUGAACUCUUUGCGGCACCUAAACACUGCAGCUUAUGAACGAUAGGA